GCUCCUGCCCUUGGAGAACAGGAGCAGCACCCUGGCCGUGGAUCUCAAAAACCCGAUCAAGAUGAUGAUGAAAGCCAUGGACAUCAUCACCACCAUGGAAGGAAGGAGAACCGGCACCCCCACAAGCAUGAGCAUAAGCAAGAGCACGGACAUGGGCAUGGGCAUCGGCAUCCUUCCCCUUCUGAAGCCAGUCAUUUCUCUCCACAUCUGGAAAAAACAGUGGGUUGGGUUAAAGUUCUCCCUCCUAAAGAGGAGCAUGUGUCUCUCCACACCUUACCAGAAAAUCAGAAGGAACAUAUAGAUGGAGAGCCUGUUCCCCCGGAGAAGGCAAAGCCAGUGCCAGCCUCUCCAGACACUCAUGGUGUCGGUGAUGUGAAAAAGCUUCAGACAGACACGUCAGAAGGAAAGCCAGGCUUGACCAAGCCCGCUACUGGCCCAGCCAUUCUCCCUUUCCCUGAAGGUCCUUUGCAAUCGGAUGCGUGCCCAGGAGAGCCCAAGUUUGUUAAUUCCAUCAUCCUCCCUUUGCUUCCCAGAAACCCUGUCAAAAUA